AUGCUACCUAUCUCCCGAAGAAGACGAAGGUCGCUGCUUCGAUGUGAUUCAGUUGUAAAGAUCGGGAGACCCACUGUUGCAUUGCUGCCUAUAGUCAUUACCGUUGCCACCAUCGAUCGUGACCAGUCGUCGUUGUCCUUCUUCUUCUUCCUUUUCGUUCUGCCGCCGUUGUGGAUGCUUGAACUGCUGCUGCCAUCGUUAUGCACCACCAAGUGGUGGUUACGUCUAGAUUUCGAGAAUCACCACCACCGUGAGGUGGUGACUACCACCCUCUACCACCACUGGCCACCACAAGGGUGGCUGUAUGUUUGUGUUUAUUUUUUAGUGUGUGUUUAUUUGGAAAUUUACAUUGUAAAAUUUGUAAAAGCUAAAGGAAUAAUGAAAGAAACUGAUAACUGCCACCGUGAGGUAAUGGCUACCAUCUCCUGCCGCCACCGGCCACCGUUUCGGGUGGCGGGAUCUCGCAAAAGAAAAUUAUUCGCAGUCUUUCCAUCAGAUCUCAUCGCCGUUCUUCAAUCUACGCAUCUGAAUUUUUGCUUCGAAGUGAAGUUGAUAUCCAGUAAUAGUCAACCACCUGGGAAUGCGGAAUGA